AUGAACGGGACUGAAACCCUGUUGGAGGAGGCGACCUCCUCAUCCCACCACAACCUCAGCUCCUGGGAAUCCCUCCACCUGGACGCCGACUUGCUGUUCUCUGGACAAGAGCCCACCACCAUCGCCCUGGAGGUCAUCUACUCCCUGUCCUUCGUGGCAGGGCUGGUGGGCAACAUCAUGGCACUGAGGGUGCUGACCAGGAAGAAGAGGAACCGGUUGGCAGGAGCCACAGCCACCAGGAGCCUGUUGAUCAACCUGGCCAUCUGUGACAUGAUGGUGGUGUGUGUGUGCAUGCCAGUCACCCUGGAACACCAGGUCUACAACGUUUGGGUGUUGGGGGACUUCAUGUGCAGAGCUGUGCCAUUUGUCCAGGCGGUUUCUGUCUCUGCCAGUGUCUUGAGCCUCUCUGUGAUCAGCAUCAACCGUUAUUACACUGUGCACAACCCCUUAAACGCCAGGGCUUUCUUCACUUGGAGAAGGAUUUUCUGGAUGAUCUGUACAGUCUGGACUGUGUCCUCUGGGCUGUGUGCGCCUCUCAUCUUCAUGAAUGAAUCCAGGCUGUUGGUGCUCUCUGAGGAAGGGCUGAGCAUCCCUGUGUGUGCAGAGAGCUGGCCCUAUGCCAAGCUGAGGCAAGGCUAUAACUUCUUGCUCUUCUGCUCCCUGUAUGGCUUCCCAGUGCUCUUCAACCUCACCAUCUGCCUCUUGACCGGCCGACGCCUGUGGAGCAACCACCAGGGCUUCCAGGAGGCUGGCAAGAGGCAGAAGGCUCGCAAGAAGAUAGUCAAAAUGGUGGUUGCCCUAGUGCUGCUCUUCACCCUGUCCUGGCUGCCUCUCUACACCAUCGACAUCUGGAUUGACUUCCACCUGCCCAAUGUGCAAGAGGACAGUGAGGGCCACGCUUGGGUUCUUAAGCUCAGACCUUUCGCCCAGUGGUUGGGUCUCACCAAUUCCACCCUCAACCCCCUGUGUUACUGUUUCAUUGGCAACCUGUACAGGUCAGCCCAGAGGAUGAGGGAGAGCUACAGGCAGAGAUUCUCUUCUGUUUUCCAUCUCCACCCUCAGGCUCAGACUCAGACGAACUCUUCCACGCCCAGGUUGCUGUCCUACAGGACUUCCAAGGGGACCUCAGAGGCCAGAGCCAGGCAGAGGGAAUGUCCCAGUCACGGCCAAACUCUGGUCCAAUGCAAAAGUGUUCCUAACGGAACCGUCUGCGAAACCACUUUCGCUUAA